AUGGCAAUGAAAGGUGCCAGCACAUUUGAUCUUGUCUCGCAAGUACGGUUGAUUGUUACCACGGAAGCUAAGAACGUUCUUGGUGAUGAUGAUGGGUGA